AUGGCGCCAGUGCUGCCCACGCUGCGCCGGGCGUUGCUCUUGGAUAAUAAUAUGCUCCCGCGAGGUCAAGUCGACAGCCUCAUCUACGAUUUCAAACGCUCAGCCACCACCCUGUCCGAAGCACGCUCAGCUCUCCAAGAACACCUCUCCGAACGUUUCAAUAACUUCCCCAACGUCGGCGAGGUUGCGGUGCGCAUCAACCCCGUCUCCAGCCCGCAAGCCCAAGCCAACAUCAACGCCAUCGCCUCCCUACCGGCCGUCGACACCAUCGCGACUCGCCCUGCAGCUCAGCGCGAGGUCUUGUAUGCGAGGCAGUUGGGGUUCAACGGGAAGCAGGCUAGGGCGGUCCUUGUCAAGGCAAAACAAUGCGGUUUCGAUGUUGAUGCCGUCAGGGAGGACUUUAACAAGGAGAGCCCCGACAAGGAGAGCUCCCAGGACCAGCAAGCACCCUGA